AUGAUUACCUUUUAUAACUUGACCAAAGGAGGUGUGGAUACAGUGGAUGAAAUGUGUGGAACGUAUUCAGUUUCAAGAAAGAGUUGUCGCUGGCCUUUAACAAUUUUCUUUGGCCUACUAAAUAUCACAGGCAUAAAUUCAUAUACUAUUUAUAAAUUCAACAGCGCCAAUAAUUUAUCACGACGAAAUUACUUGAAGGAACUUGCUGUUGACUUAGUAAAAGAACAUCUUCUUGAGAGAUCAAAGAACGCAAGUAUACUUCAAACUAUCAGAACUAACUCCAAAAGGCUCCUAAAUUUACCAGAUGACAGACCGGUAAAAUUUCCAAAGAAAUCCUCAUUUUGUCAUCGAUGUGAAGAAUGCCCAAAGAAAUCUGAUCGAAAGACUUCUUCUGUUUGUGAAGAAUGCGAUAAAUCCUUGUGUAAGACCCAUUCACUCAUCAUAUGUUCUAAUCGCUUAGCAAAAAAUGGUGAUAAAAAUUAUUGUGAUGAAUAA